GGGUACCAAGCGAAAAAUUUCAAAUUAGCGAUUCAUGAAUCGGCGUUUCGGCUUGCAACAAAAAAAUUGUCAAAAUUCCAUUCUCAUUAAAAGAAGUUUUGGCUAAUGUUUUGGUCCUCUUUAUUAAGGGGCUUCAGCUCACGUCAGAGCGGCUCCUCAAGUAAGCCCCCAAAGCCUCCAAAGCCUCCAAAUCCACCGAAGCCUCCAUCGUCUGCAUCUCCAUCAAAGCAUCCUCCGGGCAAAGCGGAGUGCAAGAUCCGGACGCACUGCAUCCCGGCCGCCUUCUGCGCCGAAGCGGAUAAGUUCAAGUCGAUGUGGGAUCCGCCGAAGAACCUGCCUCCGCCGUAUCCCUUCGUGGUCAGCCGAUCCAAUGAGUUGUGCUGCGGCCCCAACUGCACCAAGCCACUGCCCUCGUUCGACGAGCUGUAUUACCGACCCUCCUGCAAGAAUGGCCCCUACCAGCGCCACUGGGUGGAGUGCCCCAAGUUCAUGAUCCGCAAGAAGAUAAUCUGCGCCUACGACAAGCUGGAGGCCCUGAGCCCCGCCCGUCGGGUGGCCAAGCGGCGAGAGCGGACAACGCCAGGCCCCGCAGCCACAGGACCCUGUCCCCAUUUCGCUCCUUUGGCGCGAUGCGUGCCAGGACGUCGUCCGCCCAGAUGCCACGGGGCCAAGACGCCCUCCUGCUGCCGUAGGCUGUGUGCCCCGAUGCCCUGUUGGUCGGAUUGCAAGCAACCUAAGCUGGCCAAGCGACCAUUUCGGCCUCGCGAGUGCGAGUGCCGGUUCCCUCUGAGCCUCUGCGAAGCGGAGCGGGGUCGCCAGUGGGUCAAAAUUCAUGGGGAGAACCAUGUUUGCCCCAGUGCCAUCAGAAAAGCCAAGAAGGCGAGAAAAGCCAUGCUCAAGCAAAAUAAAAAGAAUAAAAGUAAGGAUAAGCACAAUAAAGGUAGGGGUAAGAAAGACGAGUGCCAGGAUAAAAAUAAAAAGAAAUAAGCUUUAAAUGUUAUACGCUUGU